CUGACCUCGUCCCCAACCCAACCCUGGUGAAGCUGUGCGUAGGAUCAAUCAAUCUCAAUCUCACCUUGGGUAGAGACCGCGCGCAGCCCCAGCCCCAGCCUCAUGGCCGACGGGGUGUUCUAUAAAUAGAGUUGCUUGUCCCCUACCUUCGGACGCACAACACAAGAGCUACUACUACAGCUCCUCAUCUCAAGUGUGUAGACGAGACAGAGAGACACUGAGAGAGCGCCAUGGCCAGCCUCCAAGUCACUCCUACUUCGGCGUUCACUGAGUGGAACGAGCUGAAGUUCGAAGGCCUGUACCUGUUCCACACGCCCCUGGGCUCAGGCGCCAACCAAGCUCGGGUCAUAGACAACAAGGCGCCGAUUGGCAUCGGUGCCACCGUAGUUAACAACUGGACAGUGUAUGACGGGCCAGGGCCGAACGCAAAGCUGGUUGCCCGUGCACAGGGCUUGCAUAUCCAAGCCGGCAACUGGGUCAACUCCUUCAGCCUAGUGUUCGUGGAUCAAAGGUUCAGUGGGUCCACGCUUGAAGUGACCGGGAUAGUAGUUGAAUCCGGGGAGUGGGCUAUUGUUGGGGGCACCGGUCAGUUUGCCAUGGCAAACGGUGUCAUCUUCAAGAAGUUCCAUGAGCAGAGAAGCGAAGGGAACAUCAUACAACUCACCAUCCAUGCUUUCUGUCCGGUGCUCGGACCGAGAAAGCGCUCGGCCGCAAAAGUUGGACCGUGGGGUGGGAGCGGCGGGUCUCCGGUGGACAUCACGGCAGAGCCCCAGCGUCUGAAGAGCAUCACCGUUGCUACUGGCAUCGCCGUGACCUCGAUUGCCUUCUCCUACGUCGACUCCGCCGGCCAAACCCAAUCUGCUGGUCGCUGGGGCGGUUCCGGUGGAGAAACUGAGCCGGUGAUCCAGCUCGGCGACUCCGAGGUGCUCACGGAGCUGUCCGGGACGAUCGGCAACGUCGACGGCCACACCGUCAUAACCUCCAUCAAGUUCGUCACAAGCCUCAAGACCUACGGCCCUUUCGGAGCAUGGGGGGACGGGAGUGACACUCCGUUCGCGAUCCCCGUGCAGCAAGGGAGUGCCAUCGUUGGCUUCUUCGCACGAGCUGGGGUCUACCUCGACGCCCUUGGCGUUUACGUGCGAUCCCUGUGAUGAGACUCUCACGAGAGGGGCAGCUAGCUGCUCUGCUAGCUCCACCGGCUUUCAUCGCGUCACCCUCCGUUUUAUUUCCUACUGCUACUUGUUGUGUCUUGAAUAAUUUCGAUAAAUAAAGGACUCCGCCAGAGAUUGGCACUUG